GACAAGAUACUGGGCUAGAUGGACCUUUGGUCUUUCCCAGGAUGGCCGCUCUUAUGUUCUUAUGAAUAGUAAAGAGCUACGAAAGGACCAGGCUGAGUAUUAUUAUGAAUCGUGUUCAUCACAGCUUAAGGGCCCACUGAGAAAGGGUCUUCCUUGUGCUAGGCACUGUACAAACAGAGGAGCAGAUCACAGCCAAGAAGGAAGCCAGAGAACUAUCCACAGACCUCUUCAGCCCUGAAGCCAGGCCGACCCCCAUCACCAUGGCCAAAGUGAGAGCUGGUCUACACUAGAAGUGCUACAGCAGUGCAGGUGCACCAAUGCAGCGCGUCUGGUGAAGAUGCUCUAUGCUGCCAGGAGACAGCUCUCCUCUCGGCAUAUUAAAUCCACCCCCGCGAGCAGUAUAAGCUGGAAUGCAUUUUGUCCAGACUUCAGAUCAGGUUUGCGUCUCUUUUCUGCGCUGUUUCCAGUUUUUCAACAUCCUUUUUAACGUGCAGAUACCAGAACUGUAUUUGCUAUCUCAGCAUUGGUCUCCCUAGUGCCAUUGACAGAGGUAAAAUGACCUCCCCACUCCUGUGUUUGUACAUCCAAGGGUCACAUUAGCCCUUUUUGCCCCAGCAUCACACUGGGAACUCAUGCUGAGUUGCUUGUCCAUCACGACCCCUAAACCUUUUGCAAAGUCACUGCUUUUCCAAGGGUAUUUAGGGGCCUUGAAAUGCAAUGCCUAGAAACCCCAGUCGCCCCCAAAAAUCCUAGUGUAAACAAAUCUUAAGUAUUAUUUUUUAUUUUAGACUGAUAUAAUCCACGGCAGCCUUUGUCUUUGGCCUGAAGAAAGGGAGAAAAGCAGUGGGAAGAAGACAUGGGGUUUUAGUUGGAAUGCUCUGGGUCAAUUGCAGGGCUAGGGUCUGACACAGUACAAAGCGAUUCAUUUGGGGUCUGGCUACAGCUGCCAAACACCCCCUCCAGCUUCCCCAGCUGCACCCUCCCUUCACUUCCAGCUCCCCCCCCCCCCGGGAGCUGCAGGGGGCGCGUUUCUCAGUGACCCGGGCGGUGGUGGGGUUGGCGGGGCAGGUCUCUAUAGGGAGCGAGGAGGGAUUUCGGGCGGGGCCCCCCCGGCUGAGCGGGGUAUGGGGCGGGGGGGUCCGUAGCUGCUGCCCCCACAGGGCCCCGGUUCGUGCUGGGAGGGGGCGGGCUGCGCUCGCUCGGCCUCUGUUUAUCUUCCCGGGUCAGAUCCUCCAUUGUGAGCCGGGAGCCCGGGCUGAGCCGCUGCUGCUCCCCGGCGGGGUCCGUGCGGGGCGAGACCGGCACUAACCCCCGUCCCGCCCCGGGCUCUGCCCGCCCCAGCCCCCGAGCCGGAGCCUGCAGGUGCUUUAAAGGAGCCGGCUGCGUGUUCCCGAUGGAGAAGUGGCUCUUCCUAGAUCCUCGGCAGAGGGCCCUGUACAGAGAUGUCAUGCAGGAGAGCUAUGAGACCCUGAUGUCCCUCAAAUAUCCCAUCCCUAAACCGGACGUGAUCUCCCGGCUGGAGCAAGGGGAAGAGCCGUGGGUCCCCCCGGAUCUCCAGGGCUCUGGGGGAAGGGACCUCCCGAGAAGCGCCAGCCCAGGGACCGCGAGCGAGACCGAGAGGGAGGCUCCACGGCCAGGAGGCCCUGAGACGGCAUCAUCGGGAAGCAGCCGGGGGAAGGUGGCCCGCAAUCCCAAAGGGGGCAAAGCCGGCAGGUCCGGAGGCCAGCAGGGAAAGCCGCCGGGGAAGAGACGGGGCAGAGAAGCUCCGUGCAACGGAGGCUUCAAGAAAGUCCGGGAUGGGGCAGCCCCGCGGAGAGGCCGAUCGGGGGAGAGCCCCGAAGCCAGGCUCAGUGUGGACGGUAGCAGGCAACGUCCUGCGGGAGAGGAGCCCUCCCUGUGCCCGGAGUGUGGGGAGAGCUUUACGGAGAGCUCCGCCCUCCUUACCCACCAGAGAUCCCACACGGGGCAGGGCUCCUAUCCGUGCCCGGAGUGUGGGGAGAGCUUCAUCGAGAGCUCCGCCCUCCUUACGCACCAGCAGUCCCACACGGGGCAGGGGCAGGAGCCCGGCCCGCGACGCCGGCCCCAGGCCCCCGGCGGAAAGCGUUACCGUUGCUCGGAGUGCGGGGAGCGCUUCCGGGUGAGCUCCCACCUGGCCACCCACCUGCGCCUCCACACUGGGAUCAAGCCCUUCCAAUGCGCCGACUGUGGGAAGGGCUUUGACUGGGGCUCGCACUAUGCCCGGCACCGGCGGCUGCACACCGGCGAGCGGCCCUUCCAGUGCGCCGACUGUGGUAAAUGUUUCGGGCGCAGCUCCCAUCUCUACCGGCACCAGCGGGCCCACGCCGGCGGGAAGCCCCUGGAGUGCCCGGACUGCGGCAAGGCCUUCAACAGCAGCGCCUUCUUCCACAAGCACCAGCGGGCCCACGCCGCCCACCGCCAGCCCCACCGCUGCCCCGAGUGUGGGGAGAGCUUCCCCCGCAGCGCCGCUCUGGCCCGGCACCGCCGGAGCCACCGGGGUGACAAACCCUUCCGGUGCGGGGACUGCGGGAAAGGCUUUGCCUGGAGCUCCCACCUGGAGCGGCACCGGCGCGUCCACACCGGCGAGCGGCCCCACACCUGCGGGGAGUGCGGGGAGGCUUUCAGCCAGAGUGCCCACCUGGUGAAACACAAGCGGGUGCACACAGGCGAGAGGCCCUAUGGGUGCCCAGACUGCGGGAAGAGCUUUGGGGACAGCUCGGCGCUGGCCAAACACCGGGGAUGCCAUGCCAGCGGGGGGAGACGCCGCCUGGCUGUGAAACGCCCGGCGGCAGAGAGACCCCAUCGGUGCGGCGACUGCGGGAAAAGUUUUGCUCGGAGCGCAGCGCUGGUGAGGCACCGGAAAAGCCACACGGAGAGGCAACCCGGUGGUGGGGAGAGCUCAGCCCAGACGAGCCCCCUGAGGGAGAACUCCUCCCAUCCCUGCCCCGACUGUGGGAAAAACUUCCCUCGAGCCUCCCAGCUGGACAGACACCGGCGCCUCCUCCACACGGCGGGUCAGCCCCACCGGUGCCCACAAAGCGCAGCGCUGGCCAAGCAUCGCCGGGGCGACAGACCCUUCCGGUGCGGCGACUGCGGGAAAGCCUUCACCUGGAGCUCGCACCUGGAGCGGCACCGGCACGUGCACACCGGCGAGCGGCCCCACACCUGCGGGGAGUGCGGGGAGGCCUUCAGCCAGAGCGCCCACCUGGUGAAACACAGGCGGGUGCACGCAGGCCAGCGGAAGAGCUUUGGGGACAGCUCGGUGCUGGCCAAGCACCGGGCCGGCAAAGAGGACGCCUCCCACCGCUGCGGCGACUGCGGGAAAAGUUUCAGCUGCAUCACAGACCUCGACCGGCACCAGCCUUCCCAUGCGGCGGAGAAACCCUACCGGUGCGGGGACUGUGGGAAAAGCUUCAGCCAGGCACCGGCGCUGGCCAGGCACCGGCGGCUCCACGCCGCUGGGGGGAAACCCUUCCGCUGUGCUGACUGCGGGAAGGGCUUCGCCUGGAGCUCCCACUGGGAGCGGCACCGGCGCGUCCACACCGGUGAAAAGCCUUUCCAGUGCGCCGACUGUGGGAAAUGCUUUGGCCGUAGCUCCCAUCUCUACCGGCAUCAGAGGAACCAUCCCGGAGAGAAACCCUCCUCCCAAGGGGCUGAGUAAGGGGGAACACGACCACCAGGAAGGGACCCUAAUGAGACAACAGGGAAACCAACCCCAAGAACCCUCCUGCCAAAGGUGCGACUAAGGGGGAAGGUGUCUGCCAGGGACGAGAUAACAAGGAGUCCGCCUGGGAGAGGAACCCCUUUGAAUUCAAUCCGUAUUAGGGCUAAGAGAUCCAAUCCACGCGCUAACCGGGGAUAACGCUCCUCCAUCACACGUGUUUGGCUGCCCCCCACCGCUUAUCAGUGACCCCCUGGUGGCUGGCACGCCAUGAAGCGGGAUCUCCUCCUCUCACCCGAGUUGGAUGGGCAGCAGCAGGGGGAGGGAGGGAGACAGGGGAGAUGCUGUCACUUUCCCUACCCCACAUCGACCCCUGACGUCCACCCUCACGCAGGCCCUCUCCCCUGUCUCUAUCUCCCCUCCACCGGGCAGGUGUCAGGGCCGCCUCCCGCUCGUCCGUGGAUGAAAUAAAGGCUCGAGAGAGAAACUUGUCGCACAGAACAAUCCAUGACCCAGUGGUUGUUUCAAAGGAGGCACUGGACGGAAGGUGGGGAAAGGCAGAGAUGCCGCUUCUCAGCAGGCAGCACCCAGCACUCAGGCUCUCCGGAGGAGAGGAGGCCAGGCUGCAAAGGUCGAAAUGGAGAACCCUGGAAAUGGGAGGCAGAACGGACCUGUGGGACUCACUGCUGCAGGAUAAGGGCGCAUUUCGGGAUGGUUUCCUGCAAGGGCUCACAGGCAAAGGGCUCGAAGUCCCAGGAGCAUUCGGGCCUUGGUGCCACAUUUACAUCGUCCCCCAUUAGCCGGAGUGUCGCGUUUAUACCAUUCCCCAUUAGCCGGAGUGUCGCGUUUACACCAUUCCCUGUUAGCCAGAACACCACAUUUUAUACCAUUCCUCGUUAGCUGAGCGAUUCUUAGAGCUGCUGUGUCAGGGCACGUUUCAAAGCAGGAUCCAGGAUUUUCACCGGCGCCGAAGUUGGGAGUCGAGUCUGGGAGACAAGAGGCUGAAAUGGGGGGAAGGAAGCGAGACCCUGAUCCCUUUAAUGGUUCCUGCUGCAGUCAGGAGGAAAGGGGGCAGGAGGAGGGAGGCGGGAGCUGGUCAAAAUGCUGGGAUUGAACCAGAGACAGCCAGAGUUAAAAGCAUGAGUAGCUGCUACCUCUUGAUUUAAAGCUUUGAGUCUGGCUCUGUCACCAUGGAAUACUGGAAUACUGCGUACAGAUGUGGUCUCCUCAUCCCAAAAAAGAUACACUGGCACUAGAAAAGGUUCGGAGAAGGGCAACUAAAAUGAUUAGGGGUUUGGAACGGGUCCCAUAUGAGGCGAGAUU